GGAUUUACAGUUUUUCCUUGCCUAAUGUUGAAUCUGUGACUUGUGUCUAAAUUGUUUACUUGUGUUCGAAUUUGGUAUCUUUCCAUUUAUUGUUACAAUCCUAGGCAUUUCCUUUAGGAUGAUGUUGACUUGACUCUCUCUCUCUCUCCUUAUUAUUCGUUAACGAGGUUGAUUGAAGAUGUUAGUUUUCUGUUUAGGAUGAAAAGAAGACUGAAGUAGUGGGCAAACGAGCUGAGUUUCCGGAACCAUGGCGGAUGCUGUGCAAUAUGGUUGGAUAAAAUACCUCUUCAAGAAACAGCUAUGGCCAAAGGCUGUGAACAUGCUUACUGCGGUACUGUACAUUGCUAUCCUCAAGAAGCAAGGCCGGCCCAACAUUAGCACCGAGGUGGCCAAGGCCUCUGGCUCUGAAUCAAGCUCUUCUUCUUCCUCGCGUCAGGCAAAGGAGAAGACUAGCAGUGCUGCAACAGGCAGGCGUGCCAAAAGGGAAAUGAAGCGUGAAGCUGCAAACAGAGCUGCAGAAGUACGUUGCAGCUGCAAAGCACGAAGCUCUUUUGGUUAGGUUGGGAAGGAAGUGAGUGAUGGUUGUAUCUCUGUAAUUAAAUCCACUGACUUCCGUACUUUACACUAUGUACAGCAAGUAGUAUCUAAUAAUGGUCGAACGAUAAAACUUGCUUUGUCUUUGUCGUCGAAGAUCCUUUGUUAGAGUUUAUUCGUUUUUUCUUUCAACUUUAUUGAUAAUUGGUUUUAAUGAGUUAGAGGUACUAUUGGUUCUGAUGUGAAGAUUGAUUAUAUGGAAUGAAGGAUUGAGUGGUUAUGGUAAUGAAUAAUGAUGAUCAUGAAAAAGUGGGUUUUGGUGGUGCAGGCUGCAACGCUAAGCAAUAUCUCUUUUUUAUUUAUUGAUUCACAAAUAUAGACAUCUCAGUCCCUUACCAUGUAUGUACUAUUAUAUAUGUACGCCAAGGGAAAUUUAUUUUCAGAAAAAUAUAUAUUGAAAAUGUAGAUUCUAACAAUAUUAUAAACAGUUUUGUAAUAUUGUUUUCAAUAUAUAUACACACUUAAUACAUUUAUAUUUUAUGUGUAUACGUUCAUGAUGUUGCAGUAUUUGGCGACUAGCUAUCCACAUAUAAUCUCUAAUCUAAAAAGGACUAGAAUCACACACCUACAAGAUCUUCUAUUCUUCUUCACCACAAGUUUACAUAGAAAUGUAAAAUCUUCUCUUUCUUUCUUUUCUUCUUACAGAUUUAUACACAACAGCAUAGUUUUGUUUUCAUUCCUUCUGAUUCUCGCACACAAGAUAGAUUUGUUUGUUAUGUACAGAGAUACAUAUUGAAAUAAGAUCUUCUCUUCUCUUCUUUCUUGUCUAAAUUGAGUGUAAAGUAACAACUUUAGCUCUAUAGUUUCACUCUCUCAUGUUUCUUACAAAUCAGGAAACAAAACAGUACAACGACUUAGGCUGAGAUCUCUCUGAUCAGCCAGUUUAAGCUCGGGACAGCGAAAUAAAGAACAAGAAACGACGGGACAGCCAAAGCAAACGUGACAAAAACAUAGACCCCAAGAACCGCAGCACUCACAGGGAUUGCAUAUAAAGCCACCAAAAGGAAUAUAACUACCAAAGGAAAC